AUGGCUUUACGCUCCAGCUUGAAACCGUUCCUUGCUCUCCAGGGGCGUGUCGUCACCCGUCCCUUCUCUGUUUCGCGCCCUCGCUGGGACGCGUCGCCACUGCCGGCCAAGAAGCCGGUUGGAGCUUUCCGUGGCGGUGUUUUUGGCUUCUUAUCAGGCGCUGUUGCGGCCGGCGCAUCCGUCUACUACUACGUCCUUGCCGACUAUCGUGUCAACAACGAGAUGCUAUCGGCUGAUAUUUCGGCACUUCAGUCUGCCACGCUCAAGCUUCAAUCUUACAUCACCGAGCUUGAAAACAAAGUGGACCAGCUGAAGAAAAAAUAG